AUGUCUAGCAACGCCCCUCCGCCCAGCAGGUUUUCGGGCUAUUUUACUGCCAGCCCUGCCCAGGACGCUUAUGCGAGGUCUAGAAGCAUCACGCAUUCCGGUCCCUCGGGCUCUCGCGCACAUUACCACUCCACCCAAAACCGGAUCAUGGCGGGGACCCCUCCCACAUACUACCCUUCCUCUUCGACCGGCUACCCGGGCUCAUCCCGUUACCGUUCGAUGCUCGACGUCGGGCCCUCCUCGUCAUCGUCCGCCGCACAAAACCGCGCGCUGCCCCCUCCGCCGCCGAUCGCCGAGGAAGACGAAUGCCCCGUCUGCCACAGAGAGCUGCCCUCGCGCAACCUGCCCAACUUCGAGACGUUGCGGGAGACGCAUAUAAAUGUCUGCAUCAACUCACACAGCACAUACAGCGGCACUCCGACGAGCGAGACGCCGCAGAGCGGGACCCCUCCGCCCCUAGCCGCGCGCCGGACCGGCAUGUUUCCCUACACCGCCACGGAGAAGGACUGCGUCGACUCCGCCGAGUGCACCAUCUGCCUGGAGGAGUUCGAGGUCGGCGUCGCCAUGGCGCGCCUGGAAUGCCUCUGCCGCUUCCACCGGUCCUGCAUCACGGCAUGGUUCGUCAACCAUCCCGGAAGAUGCCCCGUUCAUCAGCAUGAUAGUUUUGGCUAUUGA